CGUCGCUGCACGCAUGAGUAAUCUGCAUUCCACCACCGCUGCCAGGCCGGUUAGUCAUGCUUUCCAAUUUAGUUACUCGCUUUAGGCCUUGUGGCUAACAAUCCAGCUGAUUUUACAACUACGUGCAACCGUAAACACGUGUAACGUAACCACGUGGGACGGUAACCGAUUGUCCCAAUGGAAGUACGCCACAAGUCGCGUCCCAUAACGGGCGACCUCGAGCCAACCAGCCACAGCCACGUGUCGGAUUUCCGCGUAAUCCUCUCCGACCUGAUCGAAUGCAUUCGCUAUUCCAUCGCCGCCGUCCAUCCGCGAAAACGACCGUUACAUUUCGCAGCUUUCGCUGCGUUUCUGAGCCUGCUAGUCGUCGCCACCAUUCUGGUCCCCCUGGACCUGGAGAUCGACGCGGAGGCAUACUUCGGGCGGGCCGACAGCGGCGCGCUGGGCGACGAGGGCUUCGGGCGCGGGCUGCUGAACGAGACGCAGAAGGAGGGCAAGUUCGACGUCGAGUCCGCAGCCAGGCUGUGGGAGCGGUAUGUGGGGUGUGCAUCGUUCCGCAACCGCCACCGCCACCUCAUCGACCGCUUCAAGAGCCCCCUUACAUGGCCCUCCAACCCCUCGCUGCAGGACCCCUCCCAGCCGUCCUGCAGCCGAAUGAGAUUGCGCCACGUCACCGUCUUCGUGGUCCCCACCAAUUCCUCGGGGUUCGAUGCGGGCAGCAUUGAGGGGUAUUACUUCUGCCCGAGGUGCCGGUUGACAUGCCAGAUCACGUUCAGCGAGCCCCUGGCAUCGCAUGCCGACUCCACGCUCCACGUCGCCCCCGACACGCCCCCGCCAGGCAGGCAGGUGGGCGACCCACUUCAGGUGUAUCUGGACAUGGGGCGGGCGGCGGGGGCGGCAGGGGGCGACAGGGCGGGGGUGUGGGACGUGGCGGUGUGGUGGGGGCGGCAGGCGGACGUGCAGCUCACCUUCGCACGCUUCUCCGACGCCAUGCCGCACGGCCGCCAGCACGGCAUCCAGCCAAGGAAGUUCCAGGACACGCUGGUGUACUGGCACGAGGACGACUGCCAGGACCCCGCCCUGCUCGCUCCAGGCACACAGGUGGCGGCGCACAUCCCGACGCACAGCUUUGGGCAGUGCGGCAACAACUUCAACAACUCCAACGAGGACGUCUUCUUCAACGACACGUGCCCCUCCACUGCAGCACACGCGCAGCACGAGCAGAAGUCGCACUGCCUCUCCUCCAACUACAAGUUUGAAUUGGUUGUCGAUGAUCCCCGCCUCAUGGGCUUCGUUUCUUGGAAGCUUCUCCGCACACUAGAAGCAGGCACGGUGCCCAUCUACUACGGCGCGCCAGAUGUGCACAACUUCAUGCCGCCCGGCUCGUUCAUCGAUGGCAGGAAGCUUCCGACCCCCGCUGAGCUGCUGGGCGCCCUGCAUGAGCUGCACUUGGAUCCCCUGAAGUACAUGGAGUUCUUUGCCUGGCGCACGUGCGGGGUGUUGGGGCACUACGCCCACGUGGACGCGCUGGGCUUCCGCUCUCUGCCGUGCCGCCUCUGUGAAGCCGUCAGUUCAAGAGGGGGCAGGCUCUUCAACCGACACGAGUGGUAGCUAUCGGUGCAUGCAUAGCAGGGCCUCAGAUUCGUUUUGGGGCUCGCUGAUCGCUCAGCCCCCCCCCCCCCCCCCCCCCUUACCUCACUGUUUUUUCAGGCCUCGCAAAAUAACUUACGCUGAUCAUUCAGGGUGUCGUAAAAAAAUUGCGCUUAAUAAACAGAGCUACCUACA